AUGGCGGACGAUAUGGAUAUAUCCGCCGAUACUCCUGAGCAACCAGAGGUUAUGGCUUCAAACGACGAUCCGCGAGGAACGAAGCGUAAAGCUACCGACGAGCUACUUGGGAACGCUCCUAGAAGGAUUAAGGCACUCUCGCAAACAGUUGUAAAUAAGAUCGCUGCAGGCGAAAUUAUUGUUGCACCUGUGCAUGCCCUAAAAGAAUUACUCGAGAACGCUGUGGAUGCAGGGUCGACUUCUAUCGAAGUUGUGGUCAAAGAUGGAGGGUUGAAAAUGUUACAGAUUACGGACAACGGGUCUGGUAUCAACAAAGAUGAUAUGGGGAUCUUAUGCGAAAGGUUUACGACUUCUAAGUUGAAAACUUUUGAAGACCUCGCUAGUAUUGGUACCUACGGCUUUCGCGGUGAAGCGCUCGCAAGUAUCAGUCAUAUUGCGCAUCUUAGUGUCACAACAAGAACGAAAGACUCAGAUUGCGCCUGGAGAGCCCUCUAUUCCGAUGGAAAGCUGAUACCACCGAAGCCAGGUGGUUCGGCUGAACCGAAGGCUGUUGCAGGGAGGCAGGGAACUCAGAUAACGGUCGAAGAUUUGUUUUAUAAUGUGCCUAGUAGGCGACGGGCUUUUCGGAAUACGAACGAAGAAUAUUCCAAGGUCCUGGAUAUGGUUGGGAAAUAUGCGAUUCACUGCGAUGGGAUAGCAUUUAGUUGUAAAAAGCAUGGGGAGUCUUCAAUGGGGGUAGCAAUACAAAGCACUGCGAAAACAAUAGACCGUGUUCGACAGAUCUACGGCAAUGCAGUCGCAAACGAACUUAUCCCGUUCAAAAUUGAAGACCAGAAACUCGGAUUCAAGGCAAAAGGCUUAAUUACGAAUGCAAAUUAUAGCAUCAAGAAGACCACAAUGCUAUUGUUCAUCAACCAUCGUUGUGUCGAAUCCACUGCUAUCCGGAAAUCGUUAGAAUCUGUGUAUUCGGCCUUCUUGCCCAAGGGUGGCCAUCCAUACAUAUAUGCAACAAUAGAAAUCGAACCUCACCGAAUAGACGUAAACGUUCAUCCAACGAAACGAGAAGUGAACUUUUUGCACGAAGAUGAAAUCAUCGAGAGGAUAUCAGACGCCGUUCAAGAAAAGCUAGCAGCGGUGGACACAUCUCGCUCGUUUAUGACGCAGACAGUAUUACCUGGUGCAGGAAUUCCUUCUUCAUCAGCGCUUCCGCCCACUACUCAAGCUUCUAGUUCUAGAGGAACAGCUGCAAAUACUCCGGCAAAGCCAUCACAAACCCCGAAACGCCCCUAUGAAAACGAAAUGGUGCGAACAGAUGCAAGGGUCAGAAAAAUUACUUCGAUGUUACCGCCUGCCACCCCUUCGUCUGCGUCGGGCGAUAUAUUCCGCAGUCUCAAACAUAAUGAUGCGCCGAACGGGGAAUAUGAAGAUGAUUCACAGCCAAAUUACGAGGUUAUUGAUACAAAUAGGCGGGUGAUUAAGCUUGCGAGUAUAAGAACUCUCAAAACCGAGGUCAGGGAUCAGGCCCACGAAGGGCUUAUUGAAUUAUUCGGAAAUCAUACUUGGGUUGGGGUUGUAGACGAGUGGAGAAGACUAGCGGCCGUUCAGAACGGGAUAAAGUUGUAUUUGGUAGACUACGGGGCGGUGUGUUUUGAAUUCUUUUACCAGCUCGCUUUAACCGACUUUGGAAAUUUUGGCCAAAUGCGACUCCAAGAGCCGUUGUCUAUAAGAGAUUUGAUGGAUAUUGCAGUAGAAUUAGAAAAAAAUGCGGAAAUCGAGGAGACCGGUGAAAUUCAAUCAGAUUGGGAGGGGGUUGCGGCACAAGUCACCGAGACAGUGUUCGAAAAAAGAGAAAUGAUGUCCGAAUAUUUCUCUUUGAUUAUUAACGACGAAGGCGAGAUCGAGAGCAUACCUUUACUAUUAAAAGGUUACACACCGAAUCUUGCGAAGCUGCCAACCUUCCUACUGAGAUUAGGACCGAGAGUCAAUUGGGAGGAUGAGCUUGAAUGUUUCGACUGUAUCAUUCGAGAACUCGCAAUAUUUUACGUACCAGAAUCCGUCCCACGUCCAGUACAAUUCACUGGGGCCACACAAGCGACAGAGGGCGAGGAUUCAGAGAUGACUGGCACAUCCGAUAGUGUUCCGGCCGAAAUUAGAGAGCAGAUUGAGGUGUAUGAAACUCGCAGAAAAGAAAUAGGUAUAGCGUUGGAGCGGGUGCUAUUUCCAGAAUUUAGGAAAAGGUUGCUACCAUCGAAAAAGCUUCUGAAGGGUAUUACUGAGGUGGCGAACCUAAAGGGUUUAUAUAGAAUCUUCGAGAGAAGCUGUUAG